UGACACCAACACAAGUGAUAAAUAAAUUCGAUUCGCAAUCAUUCUGGGCUGCAGAAAAUAUUUUUAUCAAACUUCGGGAGUGUCUUAAGCAGUGAAAUUGGAAGAAAAUUGUGUUAAUUUAUAGUGUGAAUUCUCAAUUGAUCAAGCCGCUGCAUUGCUCAACGUUGAGCAAUUCAAUUAAACUCCGCCGCGUGACGUAAGAAGGGUUGUUUUCCGACGUUCGCAUCAGAGCUUGUGACUUUUCGCUGCAGUGAAGAAAAAAAAAUCUUCCCCUCUUGCCGACCAAUAACACGAUCGGAUUGACCAUCGGAAACUGUGACCAAAUUGGAAUUGAUUUCAUUGGAUACCGAUAGAACUUCGAAGCUGAAGAGAUCGUUAGGCAACACGGAACUAUGCCGCAAACUCCCAUCAACUCGCUGGACGAGCAGGACAAGCUGCUGAGCGAUGCCAUCACCGUGGUACGGGCACAGGCCUUCCAGAUGAAGCGCUUCCUGGACAAGCAACGCCUGAUGGAGGCCAUGCGUUGUGCGUCGUCCAUGCUCGGUGAACUGCGCACCUCGCUGCUGUCGCCGAAGAGCUACUACGAGCUGUACAUGGCCAUAACGGACGAGCUGCGGCACUUCGAGCACUAUCUGCUGGACGAGUUCCAGAAGGGGCGGAAGGUUCCGGAUCUGUACGAACAUGUGCAGUACGCGGGCAAUAUCGUCCCGCGGUUGUACCUGCUGAUUACGGUGGGGCUGGUGUACAUCAAGACUAACUCUUCGCUCAAGAGGAGCAUUCUGAAGGAUCUGGUGGAGAUGUGUCGUGGCGUUCAGCAUCCGCUGCGUGGGCUGUUUCUUCGGAACUAUCUAUUACAGUGCACCAGAAACAUCCUGCCGGAUGUUUUGAGCAACGGAGAUGAGCACGAGGGAACCGUUAUCGACGCGAUUGAUUUCGUGCUCACGAACUUUGCCGAAAUGAACAAGCUGUGGGUUCGAAUCCAGCACCAAGGGCAUUCCAGCGAGAGAGCUCGCCGGGAAAAGGAGCGUGAGGAGCUGAAGAUUCUGGUCGGUACAAACUUGGUGCGGUUGUCGCAGCUGGAGUCGGCAACGUUGGAGAUCUAUCAACGGUUGAUCCUGCCUGGAAUUCUCGAGCAAGUGGUCAGCUGUCGUGAUGCCAUCGCUCAGGAGUAUUUGAUGGAGUGCAUCAUCCAAGUUUUCCCAGAUGAAUUCCACCUGCAGGAGUUGGAUCCGUUCUUGAAGUCGUGUGCUCAGCUCCAGCCUGGAGUAAACGUAAAAAACAUUAUAAUUUCGUUGAUCGAUCGGCUGGCUCUGUACAAUCAAAGAAAUGAAAAUAUCACCAAGACCGCAUCUGGAACGGAAGUUGUAUCUGCUAUUCCUGCGGAUGUUCAAUUGUUCGAGGUUUUCAGCACACAAAUUGCAUACAUCGUACAGUUGAGGACAGAUAUGCCCCUGGAGGAUACGGUCUCUUUGCAAGUGGCGUUGGUCAGCCUUGCCCAGAAGGUCUAUCCCGAUCGAGUUGAUUACGUCGAUAAGGUGCUGGAGACCACAGCACAGAUCCUAGAUCGGCUGAACAUGACCAAGUAUUGCAUUUCGCACUCCCUCUCGGUGAACCAGGAAUUGUCUCGUUUGCUUCGUCUCUGCGUGGACUUCUACAACAACAUUCUGACGAUCUUACAGCUGCAGUACUUCACUCCCCUGUUGGAGAAAUUCGACUACACCUCUCGGAAGGCACUAUCCCUUUACAUAGUUAUGAACAUCCUGGAGAACGAAACUCUCAUUCCAACGGCGGAACAUGUAGAUAGCAUUUUGGGAAUGAUCUCUCCUCUAAUCCGCGACCAGGACGAUCAACCCGGCGAUAAAGUGGACGUAGAAGACUUUGCCGAGGAGCAAGGAAUCGUCGGUCGAUUUGUGCACCUGCUUCGUUCCGAAGAUCCCGAUACGCAAUACAAAAUCCUGACCGCAUCUCGAAAGCAUUUUGGGCUAGGUGGCCAACAGCGGAUACGGUACGUUCUGCCGCCGCUGGUGUUCCAAGCCUACCAGUUGGCUUACAAGUACAAAUCGAUUGCCGCCGAGGACGAAAUGUGGGACAAAAAGUGCCAGAAGAUUCUGCAGUUCUGUCACAGCACGAUAGCUGUUCUGGCAAAGUCGGAACUUCCGGAGUUGGCGCUGCGGUUGUAUUUGCAGGGGGCGCUAUGCAUCGGACAGAUCGCCUAUUCCAACCACGAAACGGUGGCGUACGAUUUCAUGACUCAGGCCUUUUCACUGUACGAGGACGAGAUUUCCGACUCCAAGUCACAGUUUGCCGCCAUCACGUUGAUCGUGUCUACCGUAGAACAGAUGACGUGCUUCUCGGAAGAGAAUGCCGAGCCACUGCGAACGAAUUGUGCCCUGGCUGCAUCAAAACUGUUGAAGAAACCGGAUCAGUGCCGGGCGGUGGUGACCUGUGCCAGUCUGUUCUGGAGUGGAAAACAAAACGGCCAAGAGCUUAGAGACGAGAAGCGUACCCUCGAAUGCCUCAAGAAGGCAGCCAAGAUUGCCUCCCAGUGCUUGGAUGUUGGCGUCCAGGUGCAGCUUUACGUCGAGCUGUUGAAUCAUUAUCUGUUCUACUAUCAACGAGGGAAUGCUCAGAUUACGAUUUCCAUGCUGAAUCAGUUGAUUGCCAAAAUCAACGAGGAACUACCGAAUCUGGAACCGACGGAGGAAACCAAACAGAUCGAGAUGCACUACCAAAACACGCUGGUUCACAUCCGGAGUCGAAUGGAGUCCAACGAUAGCGGGCUGGAAGUUUCGUUUGCCGGCAUUACGCUGAACUAAGGCAACGUCAACGGUGAGUCAGUUUUCGUUUUCCAAGUUCUCAUUUUAUUGCGGCCAAGUGGAACGCGAAUCAAUUUAGAUUUUCCGGGGCAUUUAUUUUGCGGGAUCAAAACGAACAAAAAUGGGCGGAAAAUACUGUUUAGGUAUUGUAUGUUGAUUAUUUAACUGACAAAGACAGUCGGAGACAAAGUCACACUACCGUUAUGCAUAUAAAAAAAGUGUAAUGAAAUCUGAGAUACAAGACAAGGAGAGCUACUACAACAACACUAACUUGCUAAGACUUCUAGGAAAUCAAAGUUAAUUGGAACUCAAAACAGUUGAGCAUUGAUUAUGGUUAAACUUUUAGAGGAUUAUGUCUUUGGUAUCGAAUAUUAUUAGGUCCUAUAUUGCAUAUAUUGAUUGUAAUGAUUGUGUAAUUAUCGAAAACAAUGCAUGAAAUUGAAUGCAGAUUAUAAACACAGUGUAUUAAUUAA